GAUUUAAAAGAGUCGAUACUAGAAUAGCAACAGCAAACAAUAUGGCGGGCGGCUUGAACGAUCCCGAACUGGAAGAAUUUUUACGUCGUGUGGAUGAGUUAGAAUCUGUUGUUGCAGGCGAGGCUGUUCCUGAUAAACCAGUAGAGGGCAGUGUUUCUUCAGCAGGAGAUCAGGCUAGCGUGCAACAGCAGAGGGAGUCGGUGGAUCGGACCGUCAUCAAUCAUGCAGCCCUCAGAGACGACAGUGGACCUACGACUAUUCAAAGAAAUGGAUCACCUUCACAAAGCCGAGGACCAGAUGAUUUUAUGAGAGCUCUGGAAGCAGACGCCAACGAGCGCGCAGAGAAACGCAAGAAGCGUAAAGCAGUGGCGACGGUUCUGAAAGAUCAGGGGAACCAGGCAUUCCAGAAAGGCGAUUUCACACGAGCCGUUGAGCUCUACACGCAGGGCCUGGAGCGUCUGAAAGACCUUGUAGUGUUGUACACCAACAGGGCACAGGCUUACAACAAAUUGGAAAAGUUUACAGAGGCAAUGGAGGACUGCCGGACGGCCUUGCAGCUUGAAGCCAACAAUGUGAAGGCGUUGGUGCACCUGGGCAAGGCCCAGCAGGGACUGAAGGAUUACCAGGCAGCCGCUACGACUUACCAAGAAAUCCUCAAGAUUGACGAGAAACACGAGAAAAUGGUCGCAGACUACAUUGCAGCCGUGAAUCUUGCCGAGUCCACGGCCAAGUCGGAUAUGGAGGCUGAGAGGCUGUUCAACGAGGGCGACGUCAAAGCAACAGGCGUUCAUGAGAUAGUAAUGAAACUCAAACAACCGCACCGGCCCACAGCCUACUAUGUCGGAGGAAUGCGUAUUUUAAGUCUCACGCUCAAUGACGACUCAUCCCGCGCACAGUUCAGAACAUUUGGUGGAUUUGACCUACUGACAGACCACCCGAUCAUCCAAAAAAGUCUUGACGAUGCAGCAGCCGGCGAGGAUCUGAAGUCUGGAGCUCACGACCUCAUGUGUACGACCCUUGACCUUUUCACCUCCGCUGUUAUGGACAAUGAGGAAAAUAUUGUCCAUCUGACACAUCUCAGUAUGGUCCCCGCCCAGGUGGUCGAUCUUCUGUGCAAUGCUUCCAGCCAGCUCCAGUCUCGAUGUGUUCGUCUCGUCUACACGUUGUCCAAGAACGAGAGGGGAUGCUGCACUGUACUUCAAAACCUUGAUGUGUUCAGGUUAUUGACAGCCUUGCUGACAUUCCUACGUGAUCCUAGGGCAGACUCCAUCGGUGCUAUUGCUGCUGAUCUGCUUGGACAAAUACAAAAUGAAAGGUUUGUUCCAAGGUUCUCGGCCACAGUUGGGGACUUCGAAGAGUUGAAUUCUGCCUUUGAAAAACUCCUGUUAAAGAAUGCCAAGAUACACCAGGCUGCUUUACUUCAGAGCGUACGCACCAUAUUCGCCCUGACCAAAGAGAAGUACGUUAGAAACAAGAUGAGAACAAAGAAUGUGAUUGCAGCUGUUGUCUGCACAAUGGAGAGAUUAAUCAAAAACCAAUCUGGACCCUUGAAUGAGAUGAUUCUUGUCGAUCUGACUGGACUGUUGAUGAAUAUUUUUGCCGAGAGCUGUCCGUCUGAAGGAAUGCACAAGGAGCUGAAGUCACUCUUUGGAAUGAUGAUGCAACUUCUCAAGAGCGAAAAUACGGACAUGAGACAGAGAGCUAUUGGUCUGCUUAGCCGAACGUUGCCAAAUACCAGUGAAAGUGUAAUAGAUGUAACCAAGCAAAAUGUCAUACCACAAAUCAUCGAUGUGAUGAAGAGUGAUGGAGACAGGUGCAGUCAGUAUGCCCUGAAGUGCCUGGCUGUGCUGACACAGAGGAGCGAGAAAGCAAAGAAGGAGCUGGUUAAAACUGAUCAAGAACUGCAAACCAUCCGUGAGCAGUUGACAGGAGACAGCGGCAUUUCCAUUGCCAACGCCGCGCUGAUCAUUGGGCAUUGCACCCAGGUACCAGGGCUCAGUGCAUCUCUUGUUAGUUCCGACAUCAUCAAGACAUUGUUGUCAAAUACGGACACAACGGGUGACGCGGUGAAGGAGAACUGCGCCAUUGCUCUGGCCAAACUUGCCACGACAGACGAAAGACAUCUUGAAAGAUUGAGAGAACUCGGCGGCAUCGGUAUUCUGCAUUCCUGCAUGAAAUACGUCAAACAGUGAGCACAGUGUCACCGCAGUGUCACCACAGUGAGAUACUAUCAACAGUCAACCCAACUAAGGGGAUCAAGAAUCAGUAAGUAGCCAAUAACAAUGGCUGUUAAAAAAAAGGGCUCAACACCUGUCAUGAAGUGGUAAUGUAUUUUUCUACAUUAACCCUUACCCUACUAGACCCUCCAACGCAUGCCAAUAUGUGCCUCAAGAAAAUCUCCUAUGUUUUUUGCAUGGCCCUCCAAU